AUGGCCCUCCCACGGUUGAGGGUAAAUGUCAACAAUGAGGAGAAGCUGGUCCAUCCAAACCAUAUGGUUUACCAGAAAAUGGAAGAACUGGUGAACAAAAUGUUGGAUGCCGAUACCGGCGUUCCUAUUAAAACAGUGAAAAGUUUCCUCUCCAAAGUUCCAUCAGUGUUCACGGGCCAAGAUUUGAUUGCAUGGAUUACUAAGAACUUCGAAAUGACAGACCUAUCUGAUGCUUUACACUUGGCGCAUCUUGUGGCUUCUCAUGGCUACUUGUUCCAAAUUGAUGACCACGUGCUAACGGUUAAAAAUGAUGGAACAUUUUAUCGAUUCCAAUGUCCAUAUUUCUGGCCAUCAAACUGCUGGGAACCAGAAAACACAGAUUACGCGGUGUACCUAUGUAAGAGAACCAUGCAAAACAAAGCUCACUUGGAAUUAGAAGACUUCGAAGCUGAGAAUUUGGCUAAGUUACAAAAGAUGUUCAGCAGGAAGUGGGAGUUUGUUUUCAUGCAGGCUGAGGCACAAUAUAAGGUUGAUAAGAAACGAGAUAGGCUUGAACGCCAAAUAUUGGACAGUCAAGAGAGAGCUUUCUGGGAUGUUCAUCGUCCUGUACCAGGCUGUGUAAACACCACCGAAGUGGACUUCCGAAAACUUUCUCGAUCUGGUCGACCCAAAUACAGCCAAGGGCAUGCUGCUUUGAAUGCUGCAGCUUCUUCCGGCGUCAGCCCUUAUUCCACAAGUGCUGCUGCUGCUCAUUCCAACAUGCCCUCUACAUCCAAUGGAGCCACUGCUCAGACAUCUCACUCAAGCACCAGCUCUGGUGGUUCUUUCCGUAGUGGCUACGUCACCAGGCCAGGCGUACGUCGUUGUACUCAAGUUCAAGACUCUUUGAAGUUUGAGAUCAGCAUGCUUAAUAAUAGAUUAUCCAAGAAUGUUUUAAGGACCUCAAAAGUAGUAGAAAAUUAUGUCUCUUAUUACGAACAUCGUAAAGUGUUCGAUCCCUUCAUAAUUCCUCCUGGCUCUGCUAAUGAUCCAUUCCAAAGUCUUCCAAACCCUUGGAUUCAUGACACUGUUGAUUUCUGGACCCAUGACAAAAUAACGGGCGAAAUAUCAACUAGACGUUUAAAGUUAUGGGAAGAGUGUUUUGAGGAUCUCUUAGCCGACAACAUUGGUCGUGAUACUUUACAAAAAUUCCUCGACAAAGAGUACUCUGGUGAAAAUCUACGUUUCUGGUGGGAGGUUCAAAAGUUGAGAAAAUGUAGUUGCCGAAUGGUUCCUGUAUUGGUCACAGAAAUAUAUAAUGAGUUCAUCGACUCGAACGCCACUUCACCAGUCAAUGUAGAUUGCAAAGUAAUGGAAAUCACCGAGGAGAACUUGAAGAAUCCUAAUCGCUGGAGCUUCGAUGAAGCAGCCGAUCAUAUUUUCUGUCUAAUGAAAAAUGACAGUUACCAAAGAUUUUUACGUUCUGAUAUCUACAAGGAUCUCUUAACACAAUCCAAAAAGAAGGUUCCUGCCAAAAUGUCAAGAGACAUCGGAAUACGGUUUCCUAACUUGGGUUUUUCAUCCAAUCAAGUCCGAAGGGACGCUGCUAAUCUUCACGUGGGACCACAGCCCGGCAGCAGUGGUGGUCCAUCCAGUUGCUCGCCGACCAACACAGCUACUGUUGGAAUAUAG